UUCCGCGCGAUGCAGAUUUGAACAAAUGGCGGAGCUCGGCCAACUGCGCAAAUUUGUUCAGGCACAGUUGCGGAACACAGCUGAUCUCAGCACUCUGACCCAGGCCAUCAUUCGGAAGCGCUACCAGACCUUCAGUGGAUGUGAGUCACUGAGCACGGAGGACCGGAGGCUCCUGAAGAAAAUUGUGGAGGAGGAGCUCCUGAAGAUGCAGGCCAGCAGUUCAAGUGACGACGAACCUCUGAUAAAUAAAAUCGCUACGCUCACCAAGCGAAAGCGAACCUCCGAUGAGGACGGCGACAACGAUGGCCAUGGCAGGAAUUCUGACCGCAAGCGGGUGUGCCCGAACCGACCAGAGUCGCCAGAUUCGGGGAUUGAACGGCCCAGGAAAGAAGACAGCGAAGCAGAGGAAGAGAGACGGCGGGUAAACCCUGACCUCUUAACACCCGAGGAUGACGAGGGGAUUACACGGAAGGUGAAGAAGAAGGGCGCGGCUGAGCUAAGCAAGAAAGGCGCUGACAAAAAGAAGGUGAGUGAGGGCAGGCCAGUGGGCGAAGAGGAGGAAGGAAGAAAGAAGAAGAAAACCAGGGUAGACAGUGAUGAAGAUGAGGGGACAGAAAGUGACGCAAGCAGUGAGGAAGAGGCAGUAGGGAGUAAAGCGGGGAGGCGGAAGCCGGCCAAAGCAGACAGCAAGAAAACAAUGGGGAAGAAGGCUAAAUUACACAGUGAGGAAGAGCGGGAAAAGAGGAAGAUGAAGACGACAACAAAAACCUACAGCCAAUCAGACAGCGAGGAGGAGGAGGAAAAAAAGGUGCAAGCGAGGAAGAAGACUAAAUUAGACAAUAAGAACAUUUUAAAUAGGUCACAGAAGGCAGACAGCGAGUCAGACAGUGAGGAAGAGGAGGAGAAGGAGAAGGAGAAAAAGCCACCAGUGAGGAAGAAGGGAAAACCUGAGGUUAAGAAGGCAAACAGCGAGUCAGACAGUGAGGAGGAGGAGAAAAGGCCACCGGUGAGGAAGAAGGGAAAACCUGAGACUAAGAAGGCAAACAGCGAGUCUGACAGUGAGGAAGAGGAGGGAGGGAAGCUGGCAUCCAGCACAUCUGAGAGUGAAGAGGAUGAGGACAAGAAGCUCGGAAUGGGGACUGGUGAGAACGUGAAGGAGAGUGCGUCCCUUGAGAUGCCAGGCCAUCAGUCCGACAGCGACUCCUCGUCCUCCUUGCCAUCUUUGGAUGAAGAGGAGAGAAGGCCAGUGAAGAGCACGACCGAGGCCGACAAGAAGAAGAGUGAAAAAGGCCCGCCUAAAAGCAAGAAGCGCACUGGUGAUCGAGGCCCGCCUGGCGAGGAAGACCCUGCCAUCGCGCGCCUGAAGCGCUACAUCACGGCCUGCGGGGCGCGCCGCAACUACAAGAAGCUCUUUGAUGGCUGCAAGAGCAAAAAAUCCAAGAUUGAGGUGCUGAAGCAGGAGCUCGAGAAGCUGGGUGUUCACGGAAAUCCCAGUCUGGAGAAGUGCAAGAAGGCCAAGCUGCGGCGCGAGGAGAAGGAAGAGCUGGCGGCGCUGGACCUCGGCAACAUCAUCGAGACGGCAGGUCGGCCUCGCCGGAGGUCCGUAGCCAACAGCUGGGAGGAGACGGGACCACCCUGCCGGGAAGACUACCACAAGGGUCUAGCAUCCGACUCGGACCACCGAGGCAAGAAGCGGCUGACCCAGUGGGCCAACCUGAAGGGAAUCAUCAGCGAUGAUGGUGACAGUGACUGAGACGCUUGGCUUCUAAACGUGCCAUUAGCUGUACAUAACACCUGGGGGGCUUCCUGCUGGCGCUCUGCACUUUUAAACCCACCGACGUGACUCCACCUCGGAACACUUUGUUGCUUUUCUGUUUGUUUGUUUGUCCAUUUUUGUGCCUAAUAAAAUUUGAUGAACGUUUUUCAUA